ACUUCCAUGCCAGAACUGCCAUCUGUUUGAGGCCGCCGCAACCUUGGAUUAUCGCUCUCAUCUUGGGGGUGGUGUUCUUGGGAAGGCAUUCUUUUCACUGUGGCAGCGACGACGAAGGUGUGCGGGCGCAAACUAAUCCACUCUUCUACAACAUUGCAGCUCGCACUGCUGCUCUCCGCUGCCGUGGUAAUGGUGUGCGCCCAAGAUGGCGGCCACUUGGACGGUGGCAGUUACGAUGGCUUUGACGGCGGCGAAGGCGGAGUCUUCGUUGGGGGCUUUGGAGGCGGUGACGACGGAUUCGUUGGUGACGAAGGUGGAUACGGCGACGGGGCCUACGACGGAACAGCCAUGCAGCCCGUGUAUGUGGCGUCGGAGACCAUCGCGGCACCCGCGGUGGUGCUUUACCGCAAGAGGCGCUCCCCCGCCCACGGGCGCCCCGGAACUGUUGUUCACGCGAGCGGUGAAUCCUGGCUGCGUUCUCCCGUGCAGAGCCCACCAUGGCGGUCGCUGGCUCGCCCGUUCACCGCCGAGUCAGGAGGGCUGGCUACGGCGUCGUAGGUCCGGUGCACACGUACGUAAGGACGGACUACGACGGAAACUUCAAGUGGGGCGCCAGGCAUCACGUUGGGAAGUCUUACGGUGGCGGCCACGGAGGAGGAUACGGGCACUACUGAGCCGGGCCCGCGCUGCUCUCGUAAUUCUUCGGCGGCCACACUGUCUUGCAGCUUCGCACCCAUAACAGGGCGUGUGACGUGUUCAUUUGCGCGUCACUGAAUGCUGCCUGCGCGUCGAUGUCUUCCUUUUAACGUUUCGCGGCAGAAGUGGAGGGACAUCACUGGGAAACGACCGACGACACCAUUCUGCGGCCGUGCACACAAAAGCAGCCGCUGUUUACACGGCUGUUUUCGAUGCCGGCAUCAGGGCAACGCACAAUUAAACUUGUGAAUGAAAUACUGCAACAGUUAUGCUCUUUUCACAAACGGUGUCAUAUUAGAUGGAUUCCUAAAUAAAAGCUGGGCGUGGCGAACGCGCCACGAGAGAGUGUUUCGUA